CCUUGGGCUCUUGCUUCGACGACACAAACACUUCCAGCUUUCCUUCCACUAUCAUACCUGCCUGCCUCGCACUGGUGUCUCCUUCCACUUCACAGUGACGUAGCCAGAAACACCAUCCUGCAACCCAGCAAACUAUCCCCACAACACUAACAACCACAACCUCAAAAAUCUCUCCACAAUCCCCACCAUGUCCUCCGCAAAAGCCAUCCUCAUAACCGGCGCCACCGGCAAACAAGGCGGCUCCGUCCUCAAACAACUCGCCACCCACCCCUCCAGCCCGCAAUUCACCCUCCUGGCUGUAACCCGCAACACCAACUCGCCCGCCGCCCAGCGCCUCAAAGGACGUCAUCCCUCCGCUCUCCUCGUGCAAGGCGACCUCAACGACGUCCCCGCGCUCUUCAAAUCCGCCCUUGCCGCGCUCGAGCAAGCUAACAAGCCGCCGCAAAUCUGGGGCGUCUACUCCAUGCAGGUCUCCAUGGGUCCCGACGUAACCCUCGAGUCCGAAAUCGCGCAAGGCAACGCGCUAAUCGACGAAGCCCUCGCCCACGGCGUGCGCCACUUCGUCUACUCGUCCGUCGACCGCGGCGGCAACGAGAAGAGCCCGGAGAACCCAACGCCCAUCCCGCACUUCCAGUCCAAGCACCGCAUCGAGCAGCACCUGCGCGCGCGCGCCGGCGCCAGCGGCGAGACCAUGGGCUGGACCAUCCUGCGCCCCGUCGCCUUCAUGGACAACAUCGAGCCCGGGUUCCAGUCCAAGGUCUUCCUCGCCGCGCUGCGCGACACGCUGCAGGACAAGCCCAUGCAGUGGGUGUCGGUCGAGGACAUUGGGCUGUUCGCCGCGCGCGCGUUUCGCGAUCCGGGGGAGUGGAAUGCGCGCGCUGAGGGGAUUGCGGGCGACGAGCUGACGUUCGAGGAGAUGAGUGGAUGUUUUGAGCGCGUGACGGGGGCGCCGGCGCCGGCGACGUAUUGGGUUUUGGGCACGGCGCUGAAGUGGGCGGUUGGCGAGGUUGGGGUUAUGUUGAAUUGGUUUCGGACGGAUGGGUAUGGGGUGGAUGUGGAGAGGUUGAGGGGGAUGGAGAGGGAGCUUUGUGGGUUUGAGAGGUGGCUGAAGGAGAGGAGUGGGUGGAGGAAGGGGGGAUUGUCCUUGCUCAUGGGAUAA